AAUCCAUAGACGCCCAAGGCUUGUUGUGAAAGCCCCUCUCUCAAGAAACCGCCCAUAGAAUAAUCACAGAAACAAAAGCUCACUCUUUUUCCACCUAUAAAACCCUUCUCACCACCAUAACCAUUUCUCCAAACCCAAUCAUUUUCCACCACCAACUUCUUCCAAUGGACACCAAAAUUGGAGCUCUCGACACCUGUAAACCACCCACUGGCGACGUGGGUUGUCCUCCAAACGGCACCGUUUCUUCUCUCCAAAACCAUCUUCCUUCCACCACCGUCUUCAACUCCGUCGAUGCCACUCUCGGUCGUCACCUGGCUCGUCGACUCGUUCAAAUUGGGGUCACCGAUGUCUUCACCGUUCCCGGUGACUUUAACCUCACUCUUCUCGAUCAUCUCAUAGCUGAGCCGGGGCUUAACAACGUUGGCUGCUGUAACGAGCUCAAUGCCGGAUACGCUGCUGAUGGCUACGCCAGGUGCCGUGGCGUUGGCGCUUGUGUUGUCACUUUCACUGUUGGAGGACUCAGCGUUCUUAACGCCAUUGCCGGUGCUUAUAGUGAGAAUUUGCCUCUGAUCUGUAUCGUUGGAGGUCCUAACUCUAACGAUUAUGGAACUAAUCGAAUCCUUCAUCAUACUAUUGGCUUACCUGAUUUUUCUCAGGAGCUUAGGUGUUUUCAGACUGUUACUUGUUUUCAGGCUGUGGUGAAUAAUUUGGAAGAUGCACAUGAAUUGAUUGAUACGGCCAUUUCAACAUCUUUGAAGGAAAGCAAACCUGUUUACAUUAGUAUAAGCUGUAAUUUGCCUGGUAUUCCUCAUCCUACUUUUAGUAGGGAACCUGUUCCAUUUUCCCUUUCUCCAAGAUUGAGUAAUAAAAUGGGAUUAGAUGCUGCAGUUGAGGCUGCAGCAGAGUUCUUAAACAAGGCUGUGAAGCCAGUCAUGGUUGGUGGGCCUAAACUCCGAGUUGCCCACGCUUCAGACGCCUUUGUUGAGCUCGCUGAUGCAUGUGGUUACGCCCUUGCUGUGAUGCCAUCGGCCAAAGGGCUUGUCCCCGAACACCAUCCACAUUUCAUAGGGACUUAUUGGGGGGCAGUCAGCACUGCCUUCUGUGCUGAAAUUGUUGAGUCUGCUGAUGCUUAUAUCUUUGUAGGGCCUAUUUUCAAUGACUACAGUUCUGUUGGGUAUUCCCUUCUUCUGAAGAAGGAGAAGGCGAUAAUUGUGCAGCCUGAUCGGGUGACAAUAGCUAAUGGUCCUGCUUUUGGAUGUAUUCUGAUGACGGAUUUCCUCAGAGCACUCGCAAAGAGGGUCAAGCAUAAUCCUACUGCUUAUGAAAACUACAGUAGGAUCUUUGUCCCUGAUGGGUUGCCUCUCAAGUGUCAGCCUAAAGAACCUUUGAGAGUUAAUGUUAUGUUUCAACAUAUUCAGAAGAUGCUUUCAAGUGAAACUGCUGUCAUUGCUGAGACUGGGGAUUCUUGGUUUAAUUGCCAGAAGCUGAAGCUGCCAAGGGGCUGCGGGUAUGAAUUCCAAAUGCAGUAUGGAUCCAUUGGUUGGUCAGUUGGAGCUACUCUUGGUUAUGCUCAGGCUGUACCUGAAAAGAGAGUGAUUGCUUGCAUUGGUGAUGGAAGUUUCCAGGUGACUGCUCAAGAUAUUUCAACCAUGAUCCGAUGUGGGCAGAGGACAAUCAUUUUCCUGAUAAACAACGGAGGAUACACAAUCGAAGUUGAGAUCCACGACGGGCCUUACAAUGUGAUCAAGAACUGGAACUACACUGCCUUGGUCGAUGCCAUCCAUAACGGAGAAGGCAAAUGCUGGACUGCCAAGGUAUUCUGUGAAGAGGAACUAAUUCAAGCAAUUGAGACAGCAAAUGGUCCCCAAAAGGAGUCAUUGUGCUUCAUUGAGGUGAUUCUUCACAAGGAUGAUACUAGCAAAGAACUACUCGAAUGGGGCUCCCGGGUCUCUGCAGCCAACAGCCGCCCGCCUAAUCCUCAGUAAACGAAGAAAAGAAGAACAACAUUAAAAAAAUAAGAUUUUCCCUUAAUUAAGCUUGAGUGAUUUUAGCUUUAAAAAGUUUGAAGAUUUCUUAGUGAUCAAAGUUUUCAAAUUAUCUGUGUUCUUUUUGCAAUGGUUUAUUAUUGUGCAUUCCAUAAGAGUACAUUCCUUGUAUUUUUCUCUGUCUCUUAAUAUGUUCAAUCAAGUAGAUUAUUAUUUUGUUUUCCCGUUGGCGUAUUCUCAAAUAUAUAUCAUUUUUGGGUUCA